AUGAUUGCUGCCUAUGCGUUUGUUUUCGGGUUUUUAACGAACCUUCCGGCAAUUUUUUCCCUUUUUGAAGGAUGUGAUAACGAGUAUCAGCUGGCCGCUAAUGCCAGUGUGCAGCUGCAAUCGCCCUACUAUCCCGGACGGUAUCCAUCGGGAAGUUCUUGCCGUUACACAUUUACAGCGCCAGUUGGCUAUGCCAUGGAUGUUUCUUGUACGAUCAACAUCAACACGGCUCAGAAUGGGGCAUGUUCGACGGAGUUAUUAUACAUGUCAUCAGAAGGGUUGAGCUCCCUAACUGGUGCCGAGUACUUCUGUGGUUCGGGAACUUUGAAGCGGAAAUCCUACUUCAACAAACUGAUGAUGGCAUAUACUUCGAGUAGUAGCACGAACAGCGGCUCGUUUUUGUGCCAAAUCUUGGUGAGUCCUGCACCUUGCGAUUGUGGAUGGUCCGUUUGGCAGAAAAUUGUCGGAGGAAGCGUCGCACAGCCGAACGAAUACACUUCCUUAGUAGGUUUAAUUGACUUGCAAGCUGAAACGGUUUUCUGUUCUGCAGUGAUCAUUAACACCAGAUAUGUUUUAACGGCUGCCCAUUGCGUGUAUGAUAUUCCUAAUUUCAGUCGCAUCAGUUUGGUCGUUGGCACUCAGGAUUAUAAAGCUAUCAGUGAUACACGAUACUCAACCAGAUAUUCGAUCGAAAAAUCCACCACUCACGAGCAAUAUGUACCGCAGACGCGUGAGAACGAUAUCGCAAUCAUACGCACGACGCGAAACAUAGAUUACAACAGAGGCGUCGGCCCCGUUUGUCUACCCUUCAACUAUUGGUACUACGAUUUCAGCACCCUCCAAGUGGACGUGGCAGGAUGGGGAACCACCAGCUUUGGGGGGCAAGUUAGUACAACGCUGCUCAAAACGACUCUGGAUGUUAUUGCCAACAGAGCCUGUAACGUGCAGUAUCUUACCGACAAAAAGGUCUGUACCUACACGACCGGAAAAGACACAUGCCAGUUCGAUUCCGGUGGACCGCUGUUUUUGAGAGGAGCCCAACGGAUGUACACCAUCGGAGUUGUCAGCUAUGGGGGAGCAUGUGCCGCGUCUACGCCUUCGGUGAACAUCCGUGUCACGGCUUACUUGGACUGGAUUCAGCAAAAGACUCCCGAUGCUUCGUAUUGUGUGAAAUAAAACCCAUAUCGAAACUCUUGGAAAUCUAACUGCGUCGCCCUUCUAGAUAUGUAACCACUUGACAUUGUUUAGUGCAUAAAUUUUCCAUGUGAUUUUUUUUUGUCGAUUCGUCUAAGAGCACAGAAAACGUAUGAACUCAUGAAAAUGUUAGGUUAGCUAUAAAAGCUUAUGCUCUGAAAUACGUACUCUUUUGAUGGUACAUGUACUCU